AUGGAGGAAGCCAAGCGCCUGCACGCGCGCGCGCUCCGCACUGGCUCGCGCCGCCUGCAGCCGCUCCUCCUCCGCGUGCUCGCCGCCGGCGACCACCGCUAUGCCGCGGUCCUCCUCGACUCGUACCCUUCCCCGUCACCCCCCGCCGCGGCGGCACUCCACGACCGCAUCCUCCAGGCGCUGGCCUCCUCGCGCAGCCCGCUCCUCCUCCCCUCCUUCGCCCGCGCCCACCGCCACGGCCUCAUCACCCAUCUCUCCUUCACAUUCCUCCUCUCCGCCUCCGCCGCCGCCACCUCCCCCCUCUUCGCGCGCUUCGCGCUCUCCUCCCACGCCCUGCUGGUCAAGUCUGGCCACUUCGCCGCCGGCGACCCCUUCCUCGGCUCCGCCCUCGUCUCCUUCUACGCCAAGAACCGCCUCCUGGACCAAGCCAGGCGGGUUUUCGACGAAAUGCCGCGCAGGGACACGGCCGUGUACAACGCGCUGCUCUCGGCGUACACGAGGGGCGGCCUCCUCAGCAAGGCGGAGAAGCUGUUCGGGGAAAUGCCUGAACGGAACGUGGUUUCGUGGACCGCGAUGGUGUCCGGGUACGCGCAGAACGGGCUGCACGCGGAGGCGGUGGAGACGUUCAUGGAGAUGUGGGAGGGGGCAGGGGUGCAGCCAAAUGAACUGACGGUCACCAGCGUGCUGCCUGCUUGCGCGGCUGUUGGAGCGAUGGGGCUAGGGAGGAAAGUCGAGAAGUACGCAAAGAGGAAAGGCCACCUCGGGAAUGUGUAUGUCGCCAAUGCAGUGGUGGAGAUGUAUGCCAAGUGUGGCAACAUACGAAGGGCUUGGCGGGUGUUUCAGAGGAUCGGUUGCCGGCAAGAUCUGUGUUCUUGGAACACAAUGAUCAUGGCAUUCGCCGUGCAUGGACUGUGGAGGGAAGCACUUGCCUUGUUCCACAAGUUGAGGAUGACAGGGAUGAAACCAGAUGGUAUUACAUUUGUUGGAGUCAUUUUGGCUUGCACUCAUGGAGGUUUGGUGCAUGAAGGAAAGCUACUAUUCGACUCGAUGUACGCAGAUUAUAAUCUUACUCCACGAAUUGAGCACUACGGUUGCAUGGUUGAUCUGCUUGGGCGUGCUGGCCUCCUGAAAGAAGCUUACAGUAUGAUAUGUAGAAUGCCAGUGGAGCCUGAUGCCGUCAUUUGGGGAGCCCUGCUCGGUGCUUGCAGCUUCCAUGGCAACAUAGAGCUAGCAGAAAUAGCAGUGAACAACCUUGUCUUUCUUGAGCCACAAAACACAGGAAACCUAGUGAUCCUUUCAAACAUAUAUGCGUCGUCUGGAAAAUGGGACGGUGUUGCCCAGGUCUGGAAGUUACUCAAGGAGAAAGACCACAAGAAAUCAGCCGGGUACAGCUUCAUCGAGUCAGAUGGCAGGAUGCACAAGUUCCUUGUUGAAGAUAAGUCGCAUCCAAGAUUUGAGGAGGUAUACAGAACCCUCGACAGCGUCACAAUGCUCAUGAAGCCUGUCAAGUCAGAAAAUAUGCAAGAAUUGGAGAGCUGUUUCUGUCACCUGUAGUAGAAUCUAAACCCCUAGAGACGGCAUGCAAGAGAGAGAUAAAGCGACCUGGGAUUGCCCAUU